CGAGGGCGGGCGGUGGCGCCCAAGGGUUGGAGGCGAACUGAUCUCCCCGGACACCUGGGUGCCCUCGGGGGGGGGUGGGGGGGGGGCGCUGCGCCCCGUGGGUAGAGCCCGGGGGGGAGGAGGUGCCCGAAUAACGCGGGUCCUCCCGUGCCGGCGGCGUGGGUGACCCAGGGAGUUCCCGCCCGCUCCAGUCGCACCGUCCCGGGAGCUCCGCGUCGCGGGGACGGACCCGCAGCAGGGUCUCCCCAGGGACCCUUUGUGCCAUGGUGGACGAGGGUGACGGGGGACGAUGUGGCCCCACCAGGCUGGUGCAGGCACAGCACCGCCGGGACCUGGAGGAGGAGCUCCGUGACCUCAGCAACCAGGUGGCAGUGCUGGGGCGGAGCCUGGCAGAGGAGAGGGGGCGGAGCCUGGCAGCAGGCGGGGCACUGCGGGCCCUGGAGAUAGCAGUGGGUGGAGCCCAGGCCCGGGUGGGCGGAGCCUAUCGUGCUCGAGACCGGGCCUGUGAGCGCCUGCGCCAGCAGCAGGAGGCGGGGCACCUGCUGUGGGCGGAGCUGGAGGCGGCACGUGUUGCCAGGGCAGGGGCGGAGCUCCGGGCACGGGAGGCGGAGUCACAGUGUCGUGCCAGGGAGGCGGAGCUGGAGCGGCUGCGGCAGGCGGUGGCGGCAGCCCAGCAUGCCCGGCGGCGGGCGGAGCAGGAGCGUGAUGACCUGGCUGCCCACGUGCCCCACCCACCCAGCCCCACGGGGGGGCAGGCCCCCGGGGGGCUGCAGGCGGCGCUGGCGGAGCUGCGGGAGCACAACCGGGAGCUGCAGCAGCGCCUGCACCAGCGGCGGGCCCAGGCGGAGGAGCUGCGGCGGGCGCUGGCGGCGGCGGGGGCGCGGGCGCGGGAGGCGGCGGGGGCGCGGGCCCGGCUGGAGCAGGAGCAGCGGGUGCUGCGGGGGCGGCUGCAGCACCCAGGGGUGCCCCCGGGCCCCGCCGAGGCCGCCCUGCGCGCCCGCUGCCUCCACCUCCAGGAGCUCCUGCACCGGGAGGCCGGGGCGCGGGCGGCGCUGGCCCGGGCGGGGCGGGCAGCGGGCCGGCGGCUGCGGGUGCUGCUGGCGGAGGUGGAGGAGCAGCGGCUGCGGGGGGAGCGCUACCGCCUGCAGGCGCAGGCCAGCGAGGCGGCGGGGCGGGCGCUGGGGGAGCGGGUGGCCGCGGUGGCCGCGGGGACGGCCCGUGCCCAGGCCCAGGGCCAGCGCCUGCGCCGGGCGCUGGAGGCCGUCGGGGACGGGGCCGCGGCCACCGCUCGCCACGUGGCCGCCCUGCGGGCUCGCCUCAGGUGCGACCCGCUGACGCUGUCGCACACGGUGCGCCGCAUGCUGCGGGGGGAGGACGAGGACAGCGACGGCGACAGCAGCGGCAGCGGGUCCCCGCCCUGGGCCCUCGGGGAGCUCCUCGAAACCGCCCCCCGCUCGUGGGGGGGGCUCGAAACCGCCCCCAGGGACCCCCGCCAAAAGGCUUCUGGUCCUGGGGGUGGCCUGAGAGCCGCGCCCAAGCCGGGGGGGGACCCUUGAAACCACCCCCAAUACCGGGGGGGACCCUUGAAACCGCUUCCAGUCUUGGCGGGGGGGGGGGGAGGCUCCAAACCGCCCCUGGGGUCCAGCCCUGAAA